AUGGCUGGGGAGUCGAUGACGGACCGCGGCCGCAAGGCGAGCGAUCCCCCAUCCGACAACGACGACAAUGCCCCUCUCAUCCGCAGCGACACCGCCCCCAGCAGCGGCGGACCAUCAACUAACACCUCCCGCAAGAGCAGCUUCAGCUCGCUCUUCAAAGGCUUCGGCUCUCAUCGCCGCACCGGCUCCCGCAAGCACCGCUCACCACCGCACAGCGCUGGCGACCUCUACUCUCGACCUCGCACUCCACUCAGCCCAGGAGCGAUCGACCGCUUCUUCGAGACACCAACACCAGCUCGAUCUCGUUCAUCAUCCGUACUCGGAAGUAAGCAUCCCUCUGGACGCCCACGAUUUCACGUUAGAGCCCGCAGCGCUCGAUCCGCAGUGACCUUUGGGCCUUCGCAAUCUGUCGCAGACUCAUCGAGCUUGCAGAACCCGAAGAAGGCUGCCAGGGCCGCAUAUCCGCGACCUGAUCGCCCCAACGUCUUGGACAAGGACGACACCAACAAGCUCAACAAAUUCUGGCAUCUCUCAGAAGAACAAGCACGUGAGGAGACUGCCAACAGGGCUCGAGCUAGUGCCGAGCACUCUGCGCGCCAGCCUGGGCUCCAUCUGCAGCUUCCAUCCAUAUCCGAGCACCCUGGCGACAACGUGGGCUCGUUGCCAAGAUCCAACAUGGACAACUCACUCCUCACGCCUGGCUCGAGGCUUCUAGCCGACCAAGCGGACAAGCAGCGUCGUGUUCAGGAUGCGAAGGACAUGUAUGCGACCAUUGUCAGCAACGCUGAACGCUCCGACACACCAUUGCCACCGUACGAUUUCAUCGAACUCAUCGGAAAGGGCGCUUUCGGUCGUGUGUACAAAUGCCGAGACCAGAGAAGCGGCAACCUCGUGGCUGUCAAGAUUACCAAGAUUGAGGAGUCAGAGUUCGACGAGACAGUCCGCGACUUUCAAAAGGAGGUCAGCAUUUUGCAGCAGCUGAAGAGCAACAAUGUCAAGAACGUCAAUGUCAUCCACGACGCCUUUGAUCUUCAUUCGCAGCUCUGGAUCGUCGCAGACUAUUGCACUGGAGGCAGCGUCCGUACGUUGAUGCGAGCGUGGGAGAAGAAUGGCAAGGCACAAGGACUACCAGAUCACUUCAUCAUUCCCAUCGCUCGUGAGCUUGCCAUUGCGCUAAAGGGUAUGCACGCCAUGCACGUCAUUCACCGAGACAUCAAGGGCGCCAACGUCUACAUCACCGAAGAUGGAGCUUUGCAGCUCGGCGAUUUUGGAGUGGUUGGCGUUAUUGACGAUGCAAAUUCGAAGCGCAAAACGGUCAUCGGUACGCCUCACUACAUGCCAAGAGAGAUGAUCGAACAGAUCGAUGGCGAGGACGGAGAUGUGAAGCAGGGCUACGGCACUGAAGUGGAUAUUUGGGCUUAUGGCUGCACGAUUCUCGAGAUGGCCACUGGUCUGCCGCCAAUGUACAACAUUCCACAGCACAAUAUUGCACAGAACAUGGAGACGAAGGGUGCCCCACGACUGGAAGGAACCGAGCACUCGACCGAGUUGUGCGACUUUGUUGCCUUUUGUCUCCAGCUCGAUCCAAAAGCCCGACCUACCGCAGAUGCCAUCCUUAAGCAUCCCUUGAUCGCCAACACUAGCAAGCAGUACCCAACUAGCAGUUUGGUCAAGCUUAUUGAGAAGUUCAAGAUCUGGGAGCACGGUGGCGGCUCGCGUUCGUCUUUAUGGGUGGCCGGGCCUUCCGAUGCCGCACGAGGCAUCACCGGCGACAACGAGGAUGAGCAGCCUUCCAACAACGACGAUUUCGACGACUGGAAUUUCAGCACGUCUGAUGAUUUCGACAAGCGCUUUAGCCAGAUGCCGAGGAUUCAAGAUGGCGACCUGAGCUAUCUUCAGGCCCCAGAAGGCGCAGGACUCCCGCCAGGUCUUCCCCCACUCAAUACGCAGAACAUCAGCGUUGCGGAGCGAAUCAAGCGCGAGCACAGUGAGCUAUCGGCGAACCGAGGAGAGCGCUCACUUGCGCGAGUCUUCAACACCAACGACGAUGCUGGCUAUCAGCUCACGAGUCCUCCCAUGGAGGAGACUCCACCACCGCCCGAGCCAUCACCUCCCUCCGACCUGCCACUGCGCAACUUCACCAGCAACGCGCCGACUCGCGAGAGCAUGAUUGAGAUUGACUUGAACGAGGCUGAUGUCAACGAGACGGCAACCUCCACGUUCGCUCUGCACAUGGAUGCCAUCAACGAGAAUACUAUCAAGCCAGCGCAGCGCAAGGCAGGUUUCGACGAGGAAGACGAUGACGACUUCCAGUAUGGUCAGCAAGAAGACACGUCGAAGCGCGACACCAUGGCAUGGACAUUCCCAAGCGCAGCAGCUCCAGCAGCUCCACAGCCAAAGCGUGGUACUAUGGACUGGACGUUCUCGACCGCCGAGGCAGCGCAGCCUGAAGAGCCCAGCAUGUCGACGACUGCCGGUGGAGGCGACGAUCUCCUUCCUGGCUUCCGUGCAAACUUGAAUCGCACUGCUACUGAGCCCAUUGGUCAUUUCAGAGGAUUCUCGCACGACGGAGGCUCAUCUGCAGCUUCUCCCAAUCGUGACUCGGUUGCCUCGAUGAUUGACCUCGACAUGGGCAUGGUCGAUCCGCCUCGCCAUCUCGAGGACCCAGCAGAGAUAGUACGCCCAUCGACGGCUAGCUCCGCUGCUGGUUCUACAAUGACCGACAUGACUUCCGGCAACCCGUUCGACCUUGAAGAAGACCCAAUCCAAAACGAGAUCGACCGCAACCGUUUCUCGUAUCACAAGCAAUGGCAGUCUGAGGGCGGUCGUGGAAACAGAAACAGCCACAAGACCAUGCAGAUGCAUGCUCGUGGCAGUAGCCUCGCUAGCAACGAGUCCGGCGCGGAGAACAACCACAUGGCCACCUCGAAUGGAAGUCUGGGCGAGCCAAUGGCACCAUCAGCAGUCUUUGACAAUGGCCUGAGCCUGGAGCAAGACGAUGCGAAUCAGUGGCCAAACUUCUCGACCUUUGACAGCUUCGACGCCAGCCCAAGCUACCUGCCAACUCUCAGCGAUGUCCAGAGAAUGAACGAAACCAGCUUCGGCAACGACCGCAACCUGCGUGCCAAUGGCACCUCGACUCGAUCCCGUGAGCCAAGCAGCGAGCCCCCAGGCCCAGAAGUCGAUUUCCCAGACAUCGUACCACCAGACCCCAACGCCCUGCACGAGGACGCCGACCCACGACUCCUCGAAGACGAAUUCGGCCACGUGCUCGCAGAUCUCGCCACCGCCCUGACCGGAGUCGAGCAUUCGCUGCGCCAGUAUGCCAACGUCGACGACCUAGACGAAGAUGAGCCGGCCUCAGAUAUCGAGAGCGGCUUCGAGAGCAACAAGGAGACACUGACUGAAGAUGAGGGCAACGCCGACUCACCAGACCUCACCGUUCGUUCGCGAUCGUAG